AUGGAAUUAUUUGGUGGUGCAAUUGAUGAUCUUUAUACACGCUAUAAUCAAUCAAAUAUAACAGUUUGUGGAACUUAUGAACAACUUGGAUAUUGGCCAAAUGGAUUCGAUGAUUUUUAUUCAUCAAUUGUUACAUUGUAUAAUAUAAUGGUUGUAAAUCAAUGGUAUGUCUUUGUUUAUGGAUUUCGUGCUGCGACAAAUUCAAUGUGGAGUGAAUUAUAUUUUAUACUCUGGUAUCUAUUUGUAACAACUAUUGGAUUAAAUGUUUGUCUUGCAUUAAGUGGUGAUAUUCAUGAUGCUAAAAAAAAACGAGCUGAUCAAAAUGAAGAAUUAAUUGUAUCGAAUAUGUACGAUAUUUAUCGAUCUCAUAUAAGUGAACCAUCAUCAGAAGAAAUUACACGACGAUUACAUGAACAUCCAUAUAUUAAUUUUCGACAACAUUCUAGUGAAGGAAUUAACUUAGCUUGA